AAAUAAAAAAAAAGUUUGAAAUUCUCUUCAUAAAGGAGCCGCCACGCGCUACCAGCUCGUGUCUGGUGAUGACGAAAAUUUAGAUCGUAACGGUGCUUUUAGUGGAAUUAGUAUCAUUCGAUUGACUAGUACGAAGCCCAGGCCCGUCUCUUCUUACUUGUGUUCACCACCGAAACUGAUCGCUAGGUAUAACAAACGAAUUAGAAGGUUUAUAGUUGAAACCGUCAUUUCGAGUUGCUAUAAAACGAACACGUUACUCGACCUGUGGAAACAGUUUAUCGUUGAUUUUCGUUAGGGGAGGUACUAUGGACUUUGCUGAACUGAAGAUGUCGAUACUAUGCAUGGUCUUUUUAUUCGCAGUAGUCAUGGCUACUCCAAAAGUUCACGAAGAUGAUGGAGGUAAAGAAGCAGAUCAUGGUGAUUCCCAUGGACAUGCCCAUUCCUAUCAUCACUUUUCCGGACCAGUAGUAGGUCAUCACGAAGAAAUAACAUGGAAAGACAAACAUGGUGACCAUUACCACGAUUAUCGUGCUCAUCCUAAAUACAAAUUCUCUUACGGAGUUAUAGAUCAUCAUACGAAAGAUCAUCACGAUCAAAGCGAGCAUCGAGACGGAAAAAAAGUUGAAGGAGAGUACCAGCUUCAUGAACCAGGUGGUAACGUAAGGGUUGUUAAGUAUCAUGCUGAUCCACAUAGUGGAUUCUUUGCUGAAGUUCAUAAUAUUGGUGGAAACGAUCAUUCUGGUGGACACAAGCAUGGAUAAUGUUUAAAAAUCAUUUCAAUCGUUAAUUGUUUCCAUGUAUA